AUGCUAAUUCGAGCCGGCCACGCUGUUCGAGCCUCCGUCGUUUUCGCUCUUGUUCUACUCUACACUUCCCAACCUGGAUGCUGGGACUGUAGGAGAUCAUGUGUAAGGACUGAUCUUCUCCCGUAUGCUGGUCUGAAGUGGAUACAACCUUUCCUACCGCCGGAAGCCCUGCAUUUUUGUUCCAUCUACGGCAAUAUUAAACUAGUAGAGCUAGUUUGAAGGACAAUGUGGCUAAUGAGCCAUUGUUAUCUGGUGUUGUGUCGGAGAGCUGCUUUGUCAUCCGUGAUAACCGGGAAUGUUGUGCAUCUCGUAUCAAGAUCAAGCGAAGCAAAUGCCGGUGUGCAUAUUACUCCAAUUCGACCGCGAAAUUCCAAUGCCUACUCCAAGGCGACCUGGUAUUUAAACUAAAUCCCGGUCCCAUGGGUGAUCAAUCAACCAUUCACGCUCAUUGUUCCGUUACACUUCGUCGCGUCCCAUUGUCCACCAGAACAAGGAACCACUCGAAUCUUAAUACAGUUAAGAAAGCGCCAACAACAAAGCAUUUCAACUCGCCAAUUCUUGAAAAACAGGACAACAGGGCAUUCCAGUUGUGCAGUUUGAAUGCAAGAUCAUUAAGGAAUAAAUCAACGGCUUUUGUGGACUUGGUAUGUGAUUUGAGGGCUGAGUUGUUUACGAUAUGCGAGUCCUGGCUCCAUGAUCUUGACUCUGCGAUUUUAAGUGAGCUCACUCUUCCCGGUUAUUCGAAGCUCUACCACUGUCCUCGCGCUGAUUGAGGGGUGACGGGACUGCGCUGUUAUAUCGGGACGGUCUGGAUGUAAACAAAGUGUUUUCAGCCGAGCGAUCUUCGUUUGAAGUGUCGGAAUGGCUUGUGGUGUUCGGAUCUGUUCGUCUGCGUGUUGUCAUCGUGUAUAGGCCAACAUACUCUGCGGAGCAUCCCGUGACUACGAGUGUUUUCUUUCAUGAAUUCUCAGUCUAUCUCGAGUCGUUAGUCAUGUGUAAUGAGUUACUGUUAAUAUGUGGUGAUUUUAACANUCUUAAUACAGUUAAGAAAGCGCCAACAACAAAGCAUUUCAACUCGCCAAUUCUUGAAAAACAGGACAACAGGGCAUUCCAGUUGUGCAGUUUGAAUGCAAGAUCAUUAAGGAAUAAAUCAACGGCUUUUGUGGACUUGGUAUGUGAUUUGAGGGCUGAGUUGUUUACGAUAUGCGAGUCCUGGCUCCAUGAUCUUGACUCUGCGAUUUUAAGUGAGCUCACUCUUCCCGGUUAUUCGAAGCUCUACCACUGUCCUCGCGCUGAUUGAGGGGUGACGGGACUGCGCUGUUAUAUCGGGACGGUCUGGAUGUAAACAAAGUGUUUUCAGCCGAGCGAUCUUCGUUUGAAGUGUCGGAAUGGCUUGUGGUGUUCGGAUCUGUUCGUCUGCGUGUUGUCAUCGUGUAUAGGCCAACAUACUCUGCGGAGCAUCCCGUGACUACGAGUGUUUUCUUUCAUGAAUUCUCAGUCUAUCUCGAGUCGUUAGUCAUGUGUAAUGAGUUACUGUUAAUAUGUGGUGAUUUUAACAUUCAUAUGGACGUUCCAUCUGACGCUGACACCAUCCGGCUCAAGGACCUGUUGAACUCUAUGGGUCUGGUACAGCAUGUCAAACGACCCACGCACAUACAUGGCCACACCUUAGACUUAAUUCUUACAAGGCAGGCUGACGAUAUUGUGGACGGUGAGCCCCUUCCUGAGAGAUAUUUCUCUGACCUUGCGGCCGUGAUAUCUAAGCUAAGUGUGGCGAAGCCUCCGCUAAGAAUUAAACAUGCUGAAUACAGGAAACUCAAAUCAAUUGAUAUAACUAAACUGGAAGAAGAUAUCCGCAAUUCUCAACUAUAUCAAGACCCGUCUAAUGAUUUGAACAUGCUGCUCGACUGUUAUAACACGACUUUAAGAUCACUAUUAGAUGAUCACGAGCCCGUUUGUUCUCGUCAUGUCUCCACUCGACCCAGGCCCACGUGGUUCAAUGAAGAC